GUCGUCAGAAUGAAAAGUCACAAGAUUAUAGGUUAUGUUUAGUUAUUUUAUCUUUCAAAUGUUCGUGAUUUUAAAGAAGUUCUCCAGAUUAAAUAAGAAUAAGUUGGUUAAAACUAUUUUUGUUAGUAUUGUGUUGUUAUUUAAUCUUUUACCGUGAGAUGUUAUUCUUGUAUUUUCAUAACGUUUAUUAAAAUGUAGUGUCAUAAAAGUAAUCAUUUUAAACGUCUACAAUUUAACCUUCAUCCAUAUAACUACUCGAAUUUUUUUAAAACGGUAAUAAAUCAUGUUGGAGGGUUUAGUUGCAUGGAUAUUAAACACUUAUCUAGGAAAGUAUGUUGAGCUAAAUACGGACCAACUUAGUAUAGCUCUGUUAUCAGGAAAAGUUGAGUUAGAAAAUUUGCCGCUUAAAAAAGAUGCACUUCGACAUUUGGGAUUGCCUGUUGAGAUUAAAACCGGAUUUAUUGGUAAAAUACAGCUACAGGUACCAGUUAGUCAAAUUAGGUCAGCUCCAUGGGUCAUAGUUAUUGAACAACUGUGCUUAGUUGCUACUCCACUUUCUAUAGACCAGUGGGACUGUGAGGCCGAAGAUUUAGCUAGACAUGAGACGAAAUUAGCUGCACUCGAUUCUCUCGAAGCUGAAUGGAGAAUUGAAAGAGACGGUCAAGAUUAUAAUUCCACUUAUUAUUCAUCCAGUUAUUCUUCAUGGUACAGCUACGGAGCGGGCGUUAUAUCUGACAUAAUAGAAAAUCUCGAGUUACGAGUUCAAGAUGUGCAUAUCCGAUACGAAGAUUCCGUUAGUCUUCCAGAUCAAACAUUCGCUUGUGGAAUAACAUUAGGAUCUUUAAUAGCACAGAGUUGUGAUCAGAAUUGGCUACCAAAGUUUGUACAUCCUAGUCCAAAUGAGGAUUCCUUUAAAAUCCUCGAAUUAAAAGAAUUUGGCUUGUAUUGGAUGAUGUUAAACGAAUCGGAAUCGUUGUCUUUAUUGAAUGUGGCAAAACUUGCAGAAGCUAUGAGUAGAAAUAAAUUAGAAAAAACUACAAGAAAUUAUGUGUUACCUGCGGUAAGUGCUCAAGCUCAUUUAAAAAGAAACAGAAGUGCGGAACCUUUGAGAUCAUCCAUGCCUAGAUAUGUCUGUGAUCUAUUAUUAGAAGAAGUACAUUUAUCUUUAGUUGACUGGCAAUACAACCAAAUAGUGAACUGUAUCCACGGUUUACAAGAUAUAAAUCGACUUCGCAAAUACCGUCGCUACAAACCUAUGUUACCCGUUAAACACGACGCCAGAGCUUGGUGGUUUUACGCAAUAAGUUGCUUUUAUCCGACAGGGAAGCAGCCGUCUAUUUGCAAACCUAAACCUACUUGGGAAUCUUGUUUGAAAAAGGCCAGGGAGAACGUGAGGUAUGUUCAGAUAUGUAAGAAAAUUUUGGCUGCACCGAGUAUGACGCUUUCCGCGGACGAGAAAAAGAUCAAAGAGGAAGUUGAAUGGGGUAGAGAAUACGAAGAUUUGAAGAUUCUGAAAAAGUUAGUGCUGGAUUCUGUGAAACUGCCUCAGCUGAACUCUAACAACGAAAACGAUUCAUCCAAAGGUAGAAGCUUGUUGGUGAAGUGGUUUCCGACAUGGAUGGGUUGGUAUUCAGGUUCCAGCGAAACUGCGCCUACACUACCUCCAGACGCCUCUAAGUUAGAGGGAGAAAUUUUGCAGGUUUUAGCGGAUACUGCUGAAGAUAGUACAACCUUUAGAAAAGAUGCGGUAUUUGGAAAGUUCAAUUUUUGUUUAAAGACGGGAACUCUGGGAUUGUGUACGAUGGAUAAAACCACCAAUGAAAGCUCAUCGUUGUUGGAAAUGGAAUUUAAAAAUUUCGUGCUUGGUUUUCUAAGUAAACCCAGAUCUCAUUCCCACGUGAUCGAAUUAUCUUUAGACGCUUUAUUCUUAAAAGACAAAAUAAGCUCAAACACGAUGUUUCCCAUUGUUAUGGGUCCCUCAGGAAUCGACAGAAUAUCAUCUGCACAAAUCAGAGGACCUAGAAGAACGGGUACAAAUAAAUCAGACUACGUUAAGGAACAUUUAUUUUAUUUAAUAUACGAGAAAAGACCGCCAAACUCAGGAACUGAUUUUAGGUUAAGUGUGAAGUCGGAAAGUUUAGAUAUAGUGUAUCAACCAAAUGUAGUUAGAUGGCUUAUAGAAUUUAUUUAUUUACCUAUUCAACGUGAUAUAGCACAAAUUCAGUUAGAAGCUAUGAAGUUAAAGACGAAGAAGGAACUCAUGAAAAACUGGGAACAGAUAUUUUCUGGAGGAUCGGUUAAUAGGUCUACUUGGGAACUUGAAUUAGAUAUAACUGCUCCUCAGAUUAUAUUUGUCGAACAGUUUAGCGAUCAAAAUUCCGCUAUGGCUGUGAUAGAUUUUGGGAAAUUACAUUUGAAAAAUAACGUAGAAAAAAUGAAUGAAAAUAGUAAAACCGAUGCUUUAGAUAAUAAAAAUGAUGAAGAUGACGAAACUUACUUGACACCAUGCUCAACUCCCCCAGUUAGCGAAGGUAGCCUUUCCGCUGAUCAAACGAUCGAAGGUAUAUCAGAGGCUGAAGAUGCUUCAAAUAUUCUGAACGAAUCAAAUUUACAUAAGAAAUUGUAUGAUUCCUAUUGUUUAGAUUUAACAGACUUGCAGAUCCUCAUAGGAAGGGCGAAAGAUAAUUGGAGAUUUGCCUUAAAUAAGGGAUCGUCUAAUUUACACGUACUGGACAGAUUUAGUAUAUCCCUGCAGAUAGAAAGACGAGUGAUAUAUACUUCAGAUCCACACUAUCCAAGCGUCAUAUUAAACGCCCAGUUACCAAAAUUGGUUACUCAUUUAAACGAAAAUAAUAUAUCUUCAGCUAGGAAUUUAAUACAGAUGUUGUCCAUGACGCUGCUGCCACCAUCGUUUAAGACAUCUGCCAAUACCAACAUUAAUUCUUCUGUAGAUGUACCUGAUACUGGUCAAAAUUACGACAACAGCGAGCCAGAAAGUUUACACAGUGACAUAGAACAAAAUAAUCUAAUAACAAUGCAGUUCACAAUCGAUCAAAUGUCUUUGGAAAUUCAAAGUAGAGGUCGUAGUAUCGCAGAACUUCAAAUAGCAGGCGUGAAACUAACGUUUUCACGACGGGGUGUUGAAAUGAGUAUUGCCUUAACAGUUCACAGUUUACUGCUCGUAGAUGCUUUACAGACGUUUGGAGCAGAUUUUGAGUUGUUGGUGGCGAGCCAUAAACAUGUUGGUAUGGAUUCGAUGUCUGGUAGUAUUAGAGAUAGUGAGCCAACGUCGCCUGUUUCGCCCUCCAGUCCGGAUUCUACUUCUUCCAGAAAUGGAGCUACGUCUCCUUUGGCUCUUACUCAGGCGUUGAAUACACUAGCAACCUCACCUAGAGAAGGACUUAUGAAGAAUAUACUAGAAGUAGAUGCAGAAGCCUUAAUAUCCAUAGAAAUACAAUUAAUCACUGGACCAAAACCCAUGCAAAUUGCCAAUAUACAGUUUAACAAUUUGGAUAUAAUAGCAAAUCAGCAAACAUUGGUGGAAUUAAUGGGCUUUUUCAGAAGAGUUUUUCCAGAAACACAAAAGUCUGGUAGCUUAAAGUCUCAUAAUCUUGCAUUUAAUGCCCAAAAAUCAACAGAAUCAUUGUUAGAAGAGACAAUUAGCCACAUUGGAACUACUGAAAUCAUUUUCGAUUUCCAUAGGCUGAAUGUUCUACUAUUAAGAGGAAUCGUUAAAGACGGAAAUAUAUACGGAAAGAAGAUAGGAACAGCAACAAUGAGCGCAGCGAAGAUCCAAGCUACAAUAAGUUCAAAAUUUGAACUGGAAGGAUCUUUGGGUAGUCUGCAGGUAUUAGAUUUAACCCCGGAAGGCCAGAUACACCAAAGCAUAUUAAGUGUCGGAAGUGAUCCAAAUUCAGACAACUCACAUUUACUUUACACUAUUUCAGAUGAAGACAAAACUGCAUUUAAGUUUAGAUUAGUUAAGACUGAAGAGAAAGACGCUCUGGAUGUAAUGAUUCGUAUGGCUUCUGUAUGGUACACGCAUUCCCCGUAUUUUAUUUUGGAACUACAUUCGUGCGCUUCUGAAUUCAAGCAGUACCUGUCAAAUUUAGCAAAAACCAUAAGAACAGCCGCCACGGAUAUGGCUUUAGGGCUUGUGCACGUUAGAACCGAAGCAUUAGCACAGUCUUUAAAUCUGAGCAAAAAUCUUCCUAAUUCAGUGUAUAGCAGCGCAUUGUCGAUAAGUGAAAACUUUACUCCAACGAGGAAAAGAUCUACAAGUACUUCUGCCAAAGAUUCGAUGAUUUCUACGCCAACUAGUCCUAAUGACGAUAGUGAUUUAAUAUUAAAUGUUAAUUUAGAUAUUGAGUUGGACAGUCCUGUUAUAGUUUUACCACGAAGCAAUACCAGCACCGAAGUAUUCGUAGCACAUUUGGGUAAAAUUACUAUUAACAACAAGUAUACAGAUGAAGUUCGAAUACAUUCAGUUCAUUACAGAAUAGAGUCUUAUAAUAUAGAUGUUAAAGAUAUGAAUAUUUAUUCUUUGGAUAUUAAAACAAGGAGAGCACUGGAUUUUAAAUGUAUAAAGCCCGAAGUGUUUUAUAAUUGCAAAUAUGACGCGAAGCCAAUUUUGCACGACACGAUAUUACAAUUAAAGAUUGAAAGAGAAGUGAACAAACCUAUCAAUACAUACGAUCAAGAAUUUUCUUUGGAUGAAGACAUAGUUAAAACCAAGAAAACUAUCCAAGUAUCUGGAAGCAUAGUAAAUGGUCUGAAAGUAUCUUUGACUAGAUCACAAUACAGACAGAUCUUAGACACUUUAGAAUUUUUAUCUUCCAUUAAUAGCAAUAGUUGUGAAGAUUAUUCUAGAAUUCAUGCCAGGCCCAAUUUUGUUCUAGCUGACAUAAAAGAAGAAGAAUCUGGUAUAAGUACUCUUAAUAUGGAUCCUCACGUGAGAGCUAAAAUGUUUCAAAAUUUUCCUGCACUAAAGAAAAAACGUUCAUCUUCGAGCGUAACUGAAGUUAAAAUUUGUUUCGAUAUUUCUUUGUUCAAAAUAGAACUAAAAGCAGCUGAACAGAGCCUCAUUAACCUCUCAUUUCUUGAUUUUGCAUUCCGCUAUGACAAAUGUCAUGAUUUUGAAACAAAUAUUCAAAUAUCUCUGAGAUCUGUCCUCAUGGAAGAUCUUCAACAACCGGAAGAUAGCAAACAUAGAAUUAUUGUGACGUCAUCUGCUAAUAGUGAUCCUUCUUCAUCUGCGGCUUCCACAGCUUCUAGAUCUUGUCCAGAUGUGACUUAUCCUCCUUAUCUAAGAAGGGCUUCGCAUAACUCGUUACCGGACCAUCUAGAAUCGAAUGAUAUUUUUGGUUUACAAGACAAUAGUGCUUUACACAAGACUGAUAAUACAAACUGGGAAGAAUAUCCUUGUACGCCUCCUCCUAGUCCAACAGGUAGUAGGUCUCGUGGUGAACGUAAUUUGGUUAUAGUAAGCAUGCUUCUAGUAGAUACUAAUGCACCUAAUUUCCAUGACCACUACAACAGUGUGCAUAACGCUACCUCUGUCGAUUUUAAUUGCUUGGACCUAAUAAUUACAUCUAAAUCUUGGGUCAUAGUGUUAGAUUUCUUUAGUCUACCUCCUGAACCGGUUAGUACAAUUUCGGGUUCAUACGAAGAUAUACGAUAUAAACCCAGAAAAGAAGUGAAUGUGACUACUAUCAACGUUAAGUCUCUGAAUAUUGUAAUCGCAGAAAGAGAUAGAGAGAUUGCAAAAGCUAAUAUCUCUAAUGUAGAACUUGAGAUUAAAACUACAGGUAGUUCGAAAGAAGUAGAUGGAAAACUGGGAUCUUUGUCUUUGUUGGAUUUGACGGUUGAUGGACAGUUUUAUCGGGAUAAAUUCUUGACCUCAGGAAAGCAAGCAGUGCUCUUCAAAUACUCAAGGUAUCCUCCGGGGGCGAAAAAAGAUUAUGACGCUCAACUUGUCUUAGAAAUGGCAUCUGUAGUGUACGUCCAUACAAAACGAUUCACUGCUGAAAUAUUAGCAUUCUUCAAAAAUUUUGCGGAAAGACAGCAAAUGCUGAUAAAAAGUAUUCAAGCAGCAACCAGCCGGCAGUUGAGUAGAGAUGAACCAUUAAGAUUAUCUCUCAUAAUAGAGGCCAAAUCUCCGAUUAUUCUACUCCCUGUCAGUCUAAAAUCGCCGAAUUUAAUUGUUGUCGAUCUUGGACAGUUGGUCGUAACAAAUUCUUUCAAGUUUUCGGGCGAUGAAGGCACCGUAAGCGUAGUUUCUGACAGCACUAGGAAGAAAUGUUUGUUGGAUGUUAUGUCAGUCAGUUUAGAAAAUACAGAUUUGUAUAUGGGCGUGAAAACUACUCAUGUUGGUCAAGAAAAGAAGUUUAAAACUACCUAUUUUAACUUUGGAAAUAGCUGCAUCAUGAAAGUGGGCCCAUCACUUCUUACGAAGAAGUUCCAGUUAAAGUUGCAAAUCGAACAAAACCUCGACAAAAAAGAAAAAGCAAGUAGUACCUGACAUGAGUAUAUACGGACAAUUGUCUACUCUCGACGCUGCAAUAGAUUUAGAUCAAUAUAAACAGAUCAGAGGGCUUUUGGCGCAUAAUUUAGGAGAAGAUACAGAACAUAUUAAUCCUUCAGUGCCGCCCAACUUGAGAAAUGAGAGCGAUAGCGGCAGAUACUGGACACUCUCGUUUAUUAAGCUUGAUCUACAAAACGUAACCUUAUCUCUCUCAGAGUCACACUACGAAGACUCCCAUUUAACUUGCAUCAAUUUUAUCAAAUCUCACCUCACCAUCGAAACGUUCAGCAAUUUUUGCCAGGAUAUCGAUUUAGUUUCGAAAGAAAUACUUAUUAAAGAUACUCGACAAAGUAAAUCCGACGACAAGAAAAAUGUUUUUAGCAGUAUUUUACAACCGGUAAGUAAUCCCACCAAUAACGAGCAAGUUCAAGCCGAAAUUCAUAGCAGGAAGAAGUUAGAUUUUAUGAAAGUUACGAUUAUUUUCAAUAAUCUACGUUUGAUGGGUAUAUUUGAUUGGUGGGAGCGGUUUUUAAAAUAUAUAGGACAAGAUUUUGAUCAUGGUCCUAGUGCGGAGCACGAAAUCCAAAAACAUGCAAAAAUGGAAUCUUCACAGUUAGAGUUUGAAUUAAAACUGAACAUCACCGAUUCUGAACUUGUUAUUGUCGAAGAUUCUUCACAAUGGGAUACAAAUGCAGUCAUUUUAAAGAGUACAACUGUUUUAAACUAUCGUCCUUUCGAUGUGUUUAAACCUCUUACCUGUAAUUUGAACAACUGUGAAAUGUUUUCUUGUAUAUUAGGACUGGAAGAUGAGACUGCUCUGUCAAUUAUAGAUCCAGUGAUACUUAAUAUUGAAGUUAAUCAAAAUGGCAUUCUAGAAGUUCAGUUACAAUUUUUUAUUGUAAGGCUUUCGUAUAACGAUAUGUGCAUGUUUAUAAGGAUACUAAAUUCUUUGCCACAACAAAUUCUUUUCAGUAAAGAUGAAAAAGAAGAAAAAAUAGGAUCCUUAGCAAGUCAAGUGGCUUUAUUAAGUGGACUCGGUUUUAAACCUGAAGAUUGUGCAGCUGCGUUAGAAAAGUGUGAUAAUAGGCUAGAUGAUGCAGCUCUGUGGUUAACUAAUGCUGGCAAGAGCUUGGAUACCAGAAAACCAGCGAAAAAAGCUUUAAAUAUUUCUGCUGUAGAGGUGAAAGCAAAUCGUAUUUCCCUAUGCAUUAUCGACGACUGUGGAGAUUCGGAUGUACCUUUAUUAGAAUUGUCAUUCACAGAUGUACAUUUCAACCAACUACUACCCGAAUUCAAUAUUAAGGAUCCUAUAAAUCCUCAAGGAUAUAUUGACUGUGUUUUAGCCAUUGAUUAUUAUAAUCGAGUUCUCUCGGGAUGGGAGGCUAUGUUGGAACCUUGGAAAUGCAAAGUUAAUUGGGAACAGACGAACUCUCAAAUGUUACUAAAAUAUCGCCUAAGUUUAAAAGUAGAAUCUAACGAAAUCUUCAAUUUAAAUAUAACCUCAACCGUUAUAGAACUGUUUGAUCAAGUUAAAGUAAACUGGAUUAGGGAUUACCGCACAAUAGCCCAAUUGAAGAGUAACGCUUUAGCCGUUGAUAAUGCUGCGAACUACCGAAGAAGAUCACCUUUUGUUCCUUUCGCUUUAAAAAAUCUUACUGGAUCAGCAUUAACGUUUACGACGUUUGUAUCGGAGUUAGAUAAUUAUAGUUCUACACCAAUUGGAACUCAAAUGGAAAACUGGUUGAAUGUAAAUCCUGGAGAAAUUGUUACAUUUUCAUUUACAACCAGAGUUUCUUAUUUGAAACAAAUUUCAUAUUGUAUUUCACAAUGUAUUAACAACACCAGUGCCAAAAUCACAACUACCGCUCUGCAAAAUUUUAGCCACCUGGCUCUGUCUCAACUAAUGUCCGAAUUACCUCAUGCGCGUAUUGUCUUCGAUGUGACGUUAGAAGGCUCCGCUAGAAAAUUAGUAACAGUCCGUUCAGCUUUACAACUCGUUAACAACCUCCCUCAAGCAGUCGACAUCAAAUUGGAAAGCAAAUUACCCAGUGAUGAUAUAAUGAACAUGUUCUGGGUUGCUAGUCAGUUAUUCACGAUACAAACCAACGAAACUUUAGCCAUUCCAUUAACUCAUGCGCAUUCACAAAUUAAUGUUAGACCGUCGCUAUCACCACAGCUGUAUACGUUUUCAGUACCUGGUAUAUCAUGGACUCAAGUACCUAAUGGAGUGGACAGAAUAUUCCAAUUUUAUACGGAAAUUAUCAAACAAGAAGUAUUAAUACCGAAUAGGAUUAGGCACGAACCGGCUCACACUAUAUUCCUCUUACCAGUCGUAGCAAUUGAAAAUCUGUUACCGGUGGAUAUGCGUUACACUCUAUCUGGUCAACAAGGCAUCAUUAAAACAAACGCCAGCACAACAGUUCAUAACGUUGACCCUGAUUCAGUGGAAUUGAAAGUGGAACUAGAUAAUUUUCGAACAUGUAACAACGUCAUCGUACCUGUUGGCUGUACAACUACUUUCACUUGUCGUGUAAAACUUGAAGAUAGUCAACAGCGCAAAUUACAUCUACAAGUAAUGGUAUCUUUUAACAAAGGUGCAAAAUUGAAGUUUACUGUAUCUGCGUUUUACUGGAUAAUAAACAAAACUGGAUUACCACUUGUUUUUCGACAAUCGGGAACGUCACUGGAAAGUGCAGGGCAGUAUGAUGAACAUGAGCAAGCUCGUAUGUUAUCGCCGUUUAUGUUCAGUUUUUCAGAUCAAGACGGAAGUCCUACUAUGAAUGCCAGAGUAGGCAAAAAAGUAAUCUGGGAUGGGACUCCACAAUGGUGUGCAAAUUUCCACGUACACAAAGGCACUCAAUAUCGAAAACUCCAUGUAACUUUGCGAGAUGGACGUCCCGAUGUUGUGUUCAUAAUCGGUUUAGAAGUACGCGUGGGCAGAGGAAAGUAUCGAAGUACCAAUAUCAUAACUAUAUCACCCAGAUACCAAUUACAUAAUAGAACAUCGUAUAAACUGCUGUUUUCACAACUUUGUUAUACCCAAGGAAAGCAACAGCAAUUACCGAAGUCUUGUUUAAAAGCCAUGUCGCAUUCUCACAUGCCUUUUCACUGGCCAAAUUUGGAAAAGGAGCAAUUGCUGUGCGUGUCUAUAGAGGAAGUGCAGGAAUGUUGUUGGUCUGGAGGACUUAAAAUUGAUACUAAUAACUCGAUGCAUGUUAACAUCAGGGAUGCUUUAGGCGGUGUAUAUUUCCUCCGUAUGGAAGUAGUGUUAAAAGGAGCAACCUUCUUUGUAGUGUUUACUGAUGCCGAUACACUGCCGCCUCCAAUGAGAGUGGACAAUUUUUCAGAAGUCUCGAUAAUGUUUGGACAAAGCUGUUACAUCGAUAUCAUGCACAGCACAGCUAGAGCACAUUCCAGUGUUCCUUAUGCUUGGGAUGAACCGACUAAAGCUAGCACUAUCAAAGUUAUAGGUCCAGGGGGAGUGUCUAAUACUUACAAUAUGUCUACUUUAGGUGCAGUACCUGGACUGACUUAUGAGAAUUUUAUUUAUAUUGCUUUUACUGGAACGUUUAAGAAAUCAAGGGGUGUUUAUGACCCCAACACCGACAUGGAAAGUCAAGAACUGGUUCUUAGUGUAGGAAAAAACACUCGAGUGCUUCUUUCCAGGAAAAUGGCAAGUGAUAGAUCUCAGUUAUGGAGAAUGACGUCUGAGGGUUAUUUGGAGCACGAGGGUAGCAGUCCACCAUUACAUCCUGGUCAGACUAGGAAUCAAGAUAGCAUUUUAGUGCUUGAUAUUGAAAACACCGCUCCUCAACCCAACACCUAUUCACGACUUAUGCUAAGAAGGAUCGAUCCAAGAAGGCAAUCGACGCAAAAAUGGAGAUUUACUGAAGAUGGGAGGCUAUGUUGUGACCAUUAUAAUAUGUGUGUGCAAGCUAUGGAUGGAUCUUAUGGUUUGCGUAGUGGAAAUGCAGUGGUAUUAGGUUUACCUCAGGCAGUAAGCUACAUGUUUGUAAAUAACGGUUUACCGAUCGAACAAGCCAUAGAAAGACAGUACCUACGCCCUGGAUCUGGUUUACUUUCGGUAAAUAUUUACAUGGACGGGCCAACCCAAGUUAUUUGCGUAAAAGAUUUAAAAGAAAGUAAAUAUUAUGCCACUUCGGAUGAUAAAGAAUGGGGUACGAUAUCUAAGGAUCAGAGACCAAAUUUGACCAGAACAGAGAGUAAAGACAAGGAGGAAAACCGGGAACUUCAGUUUAAUAUUACUCUGAAUGGUAUUGGAAUUAGUUUGGUCAGUAGAAAGAUGCAAGAGGAAUUGUUGUAUGUGCUUUUUUCUCAUAUCGUUGGAGAGACUGUCAUUACAAACCAAGCUAAUCAAAUCUGUUUUAGUAUUAAAGAUAUUCAAAUCGACAAUCAGCUCAUAGAUACAUCAGUUCCAGUGGUGGCGUAUAUAACCCCUCCUAGUUCUAGAAAUAACGAUCAAGCUUAUAAUCACUUGUCAGCACUCGAUUUUAGCGCCGAACUACAGCCUCAGAAUAAUGCUCGUGCAGUUAUAUUUAAGUAUCUAAUCAUCAGGUUAAAAAAGAUAACAUUAAUUAUUGAGGAAGUUCUACUUUUAAAAUUUUGUGAAUUUCUGGGAAUUCACUCUCAGACUGAAGAAAUUGUGAGUAAAGAUCAAGAUGAUGGUGAAAUCCAGACUUUGCUGUCUGAAACAUCUGCUGCUAAUGCUAAAAGGUACUACUUUGGAAUCAUAAAGUUGAUACCGGAUCAGAUAAGACUGAGCGUUACGACUGCUAGUAAGCUUCCCAAGCAGUUACAACGCAUAAAAAGAAAACUGGGAUUAACAUUAAUUAAAUUUGAAGAUGCUGCUGUAGAGUUGGAAGCUUUUGAGAGGAAGCAUCCGUUCGAAACUAGUCAGUUUUUAAUACAGACCAUAAUUAAGCAUUUUAAUACAGGGCUCAUGUGGCAAGCUGGUAUUAUAAUCGGAUCAGUGGACUUUAUAGGAAAUCCUCUAGGUUUGGUGAAGGACUUCUCAGAAGGAAUAUCGGGGGUACUUUAUGAGGGAAACGUGGGAUCCUUAGUGAAAAACGUCACACACGGUAUGUCCAAUUCAGCAGCUAAAAUAACUGAAUCCCUAUCGGAUGGACUCGGAAGAGUAGCCAUGGAUGACUCCCAUGAAGAAAUGAGGCAAAAAAUUAGAAUGGUUCACGGUGGUAAAAGCUCAGAUCAUAUUUUAGCAGGAUUCAAAGGAUUAGGCUUUGGAAUUUUGGGAGGUGCUACCGGAAUAUUUAAACAAGUCUAUGAAGGCGCUUCAAAUGAUGGGAUUCAAGGUGUCAUUUCUGGCUUGGGAAAAGGCGUAGUAGGAGCAGUAACAAAACCUAUAGUAGGAGUGUUAGAUUUUGCCUCAGAAACUGCAAGGGCUGUAAGAGAUUCAAGUAGAAGUAAGCUUAUGCCUAGAAGGAACCGACUACCAAGAUGCGUUUUUGGGCCGGGAGAACUAUUGCCAAAAUUCAAUUCCAAGCAAAGCCAAGGCCAAGAAUAUCUUUAUAGGGUAAAUAAUAAGAAUUAUAACGAGCAGCUGGUUGCAUAUGAGAUUUUAGGAAGUGCGUCUGAAGAUUUGAUUGAUUUAGAAGUAUGCAAUGUAAUAAAAGAAAAGGAGCACAGCGAAAUCCGAUACUACAUAGAGAUUGUAAUGCGAUAUGCCGGUACCAGCGCUGCGCUUUUAGUGAAUACAGAUCCAGUGAAAAAACCGAGGGUUAGAUGCAGAACUUUAGAGUUGGCGGAUACAAUAUCCAAGCAAAUUAAUUACGCAAAAAGAAUGUACAACGAGCAUUUGUAUACACUUGUAACUGAUAAUAGUUCCAUGCUGGAAGAAUAAAUAAAUAUGCCAAACUU